AUGAAUUCUUACUCGGAGGGGCGGAGGCAGGGGUCCAGGGGGAGGAAGGAGAGGGAGGAGUGCUGCUAUUGUUCUGCUCUCCUCUUCUGGAGUAUACUUCAGUUCCUCUUUUUGGCAGACGUCUCUCUUUGGCUCUGUGCUCUGAGUCUGCUGGUGCAGGUGGCGCGGUGCUCGGCCACAUGUUCAGAGCCGUGUAGAGUAUACAGAGGCUACAGAGUCAGGAAAGACUACAGACAGAGUCGACAAUGGACUGGACAAACCACACCUGAAAGAAGAUCCUCCAGCAGUCACCUCCCAGUUGAAAAGGAUGUCUCUGUCAGAGCCAACGCGGACAGCAGAGAGGAUAGCUCCAGUGACGUGCCUGUGCUGAAGAGAGACAAACAGUGUGACAGCGGAGAGCGGCCCGCACUGAGCAAGCAGGGUCCAACGGUAAAGCUACAUCACCGUUCCCCUCGGCGAAGAGGACAGCAGCCCAAGCUCCUGAACAGCCCGGAAGACAGUCUUUAUUACAACCAUCUCAACAGAAGUCUGGAUUAUCAGGGGAGCAAGAGGAAACCCAGAAAACUGGGGCAAAUCAAGCUUCUGGAUGGAGAGGAUGAAUAUUAUCAGUUACUGUCUGCUAUAGAGGCCGUCCCUGAGGAGGAGCUUGUAUCUGGCUCCUCCCACAUCCCAAAGGCUGCUCCGCCCACUGUCCCUCCCAUUAUCUCAUCCAGAUGAGCUGAGCUCCGCCCAGCACUCGGAGGCGUGCUGACAGUCGAGAACAUGAAAAGUUCGGCUCUGACCUGUCCGAAAGAAGCCUUAAAAAAAAUCUACAAACUCACUGUUGACGCUUUCAUCAAAAACUCAGAGACAAUGCUGCCAUGCUGUCAGAAGACAUCCAUUAGAGUGCAUCGAGACCAAACUCUUGUAGAUUUGAUUGGUAUGUUGUAAUAUAUGCAUGUGAUUUGAUUGGGCUUUUCAAUAACCCCUUAAAGCCUACGGUUUUUUGGCUUUUAAAUUAUUGACAUGAUCAAAACUUUGCUGAAAACCUGUUUUCCGUGCCUUCGGUCAUCUAAAGGAUUGUUCAAACUUUUUCAGCAAGUAAAAGGCCGUUUAAUGCGUCUGUAGAACCUCCCCCCUUCACCUCAUGGUUCCUUUUUAGUCUUAAAUCUUUGAUAUAAUGUAGGAAUUACUUUAAAUUGUUAGUAAUAUUUCGAAAUCAACGCUUGUUGUACCGAAAUUGCUUAGGUGUUUUAUUCGAUUAUCCAUGCAUUAGUUUUAGAAAAGUCAUUUUAAAAUGUUUUAGAUACGAUAAAACAGGCUUUUAAGCAACAUGAUUUACAUCACAACCAAUCAAAAAUUACACAGUUAAAUCUGUGCAUUUAUA